GUAAACAUCGCCCAGAAAUUGAUAACAGAACGGGAAAUUAAAGCGGAAAAUCAUACCCUCUUAGUCAUACUUAGUCAUCAUACUUAGUGGCGUUUUUUGUUGUUUCUUUUCCUGCGGUCACGACGGCGCUGAGUCAUCGUCGGUCUUCGGCAGCGGACCGUCGUGUCUAGCAGACAGAUCAUGUGAAUGCACACAAUCAGACGUACAGUGGGCGCGAACAGAGCCAAACACACUUGUUUACUUCUCCCGCAUCUGAUCCAGCUGACUCGAAGCGACGCAACGAGUGUGUGUUUGUGUGCGAGUGUGUGUGUGUGUGCCAGUGUGCGCGUGUUUAUGAUUUUCCACCGGCGCAAAACAAGAAGCGCCCUUGUUCGACUCUCGAUUUGACCGUUGCGUGCUGCGGAUUGCAACACGCAAAACAGCAGAGACCACUUUCCGUAGAGUGACGAGGUUGUUUUUUUCUAUAUUUUGUGUACUUGGGAAAUUUGUCAGCAAAAAGACCAGUGUAAUACAGAAAAGGAAGGAGAGCCAGAGGGUGAACUCGAUUGCACGCGACGUAUCGUCGGGAAAAUUCGGGUUUGUUUGUGUUUGAUUUGCAGCACUGCGCCACCCGACCCCAGGGGGUGGACGGCAUUAGGCAAAACAAAAACAAUUCGCUUUUUCGCAUAAACUUGAAAAAAAAAAAACAACAACAACUCAAGCCGCCAGCACGACCCAAGUGUGUGUAUGUGAGAACAGGUGCUAAAAUACCCUCCCUUGCUCCACAAAGAAAGGUGUGCGUGUUCGCUUUGUGAUAAGAAAAUACCUUUAUCGGCGACCAGAACGCAUUUCCCUACCCCAUGACAACGAGAGCCAGUGUGUAAGCAGGUGUCACAGGCAGGUGGUGCGCACAAAGAAAUGCAUCUAUUCUGAGUUUUGACCUAAAAAAGGAUUGUGUACAAAAAAAACCCAACGCUCUAUCAACAAUUCGGGUAUCUGCGUGUGUGUGUGUGUGUGAACAGCAUCGAAUUGUGCAGCAAAUAGCAGCGAAUCCGUACAAGUGUGUGUUCCGUUUUUACGCGUAAGCGAAAGUGGGAAAUUCGACGUGGAAAUCAAACGGCAUGGCAUCGUCCCGCCGUCGCACAGCGGCCAUGCAAUCGAUCGGCAGCACGGCCGUGCUGCUGCUGCAGCUGCUGAUGGCAACGGCAGCACAAUCAAAACUGCUGGUGAAUGGAACCGAUUGCAUCGUCCGGGAUCCGCUCUACAAUGUAACGUUCGAUUUUAAUGCGCUCAGCUCGGACCUGAACCACCACGUGACGUCCGAGGAGAGUGGCGAGCGGUUCUUCUUUAACGUGUGCGACGACGAGCGCCAGCCGGUGAACCGUACCGAGCCGCGCGCCUACCUGAUGCGCGCCGGUCGCAAGAUAACGCUCGGGUACGAGCCCCACCUGCAGCUGAACGACGGCCGGUUCCAGUUUUCCUUCACCGGCGAGCCGUGCGGCAACGGCAGCCACUACACGCUGGACAUCAUACUGCUGUGCAGCUACGAGCACACGCCGGAGGAUUUGCGUGUCAUCCCGCACACGCCCGACCAGUGCCGGUACUUCAUCUUCUGGGAUACGCCGCUCGCCUGCCAGCCGCUGCCGACCGGGCUCGCGAACAACCGGUGCACGGUGCGGGACGGUACCGAUCGGCACGCGUUCAAUCUGCUACCGCUGGCCGGUGCGAACCACGAGAUACCGCUCCCGGACGGGUCCCGGUUCGUGCUGUCCGUGUGCAAACCGGUGCGCUACGGUCACCUGACCAUGUGCCCGCCGGGGACGGGCGUGUGCCGGGUGAAUGGAACCGAGUACCAGGACUACGGCCAGGCGGUGGCGGACCCGAAAGUGGACACGUCCACCGGUCGGCUGGUGAUGGAGAUGCGCUCCAAGUCCGCAACCGGCUGCCCGAACUCGCUGAUUGUGUUUGAGUGCGGCCGGGAGGACGGGCUGGAGACGGUGCCGGUGUAUCGUGGACUGAAGGGGAACUGUACGCACGAGUUCCUCUGGCGUACGCCACUCGCCUGCCGGGACACGCGGCCCUGCUCGGUGACGAAUCCGAUCACCGGCACGCGGUACGAUUUGGGCCUGCUGGCGAACCGCACCUACACGCUGACCUCGCGGGACAAUCGGACGUACGAGCUGGGCGUUUGCCACAUACCGGCGUCCAGCCGCUGUCCGCUCGAUGCGGGCGCAUGCGAGGUGAGCGCCAAGCAGUCCGUCGGGCUGGGAGCGAUCGCGUCCGAGCUGCAGUACGAAACGACCGGUGCCCCCUACCUGCUGUACCGUUCGGGCGCCGUGUGCGACGCAACCAGCGGCCGGCGCUGGGAGACGCGGCUCGAGUUUAUCUGCGAAACGGACCCGGUGGAGGGUGGCCGCACCGGUGUGGUCGUGCCGCCGACCGUCGUAGAGAACGGCGACUGCCAGCUGGUGGUGCACUUCGAGACGGUGCUGGUGUGCGAACCGGCUCUGAUGGCUUGCGGCGCGUACAACGAGUCAACCAUCGAUCAGUACGUCGACCUGACGCCGCUCGUCGACUCGACGCGUAACUACGAGGCACGGGGUGGAGAGGCGCACGGUCGCCGCUACUUCCUCAACGUCUGCCGCCCGCUCGUGCCGCAGUAUGGGUUGAGCUGCCGGGGCGGGGCGGCCGCAUGCGAGGCAACGUUCGACGGCGUCACGGCACGCAACGAAACGACGCUCGGCUUUCCGGACGUGUCGCUCGUGGUGGCGGGCGACACCGUGCUGAUGAAGUACCUGCGGGGCGAUCCGUGCCCGCAGGAUCCGGUCACGAACCUUUCCACCACGGUGGAGUUCCGCUGUCAGCCGAGGGCUGGCCGUGGUACGCCGGUACUGCUCGAGAUCGAGCACGGCUGCCACUAUCGGUUCGAUUGGGCAACGGCCGUCAUAUGUCCACCGGAGCGGGCGGUACCGUUCGAGCAGGGCAACUGCAGCGUCCACAAUGCCGCAACCGGCAGCUGGAUCCGUUUGGAUGGCGUGCUGGAGGAUCUCUCGCCGUGCGACAAACGGCCCACGGCCAGCGUGGACUAUCGGGCCGGAGCUCUUAACCUACACUAUACGGUGCCAGACGCGGUCAACUGUAGCCACACUAACGGCGUAAAAACCUUCAACGUAACCGUCGUAUGUGCACCAGACAGUCCAUUAGACCGUGCAGCGUCUACGGCCUGUUUUGAAAUCAUCACGAAAUCAUCUCCAAAGGUUUGCACCUUCGUUGGGCGCAAUGCUUCAGCGAGCGGUGACGUUACGCCAACACCAUCAGCAGUUCCAACCGAUCCUACUGGCAGUCCGGCGACCGUACCCGGAGUGACCGGAUCCACCACAACUGAACCGAUAGGCACACAUGUCCAGCCAGACGCGGAAGGUCUGGGAGCAUUUGGCAUUAUUAUGAUCUGUCUGACCGUGGUCAGUACUCUGAGCGUUGGCACGUGGUACCUUGUGCGCCGCCAUCCGGAUCGAUGCCAUCAACUCCACUCGGUGCUGCUGUGUCGCGGGCUCAUUAAGAACGAUUUUCCCAGCACGAUGUACUCGCGCGUGGACAACAGCGAAACUUCUAGCCUGCUGCUGAACCCUUCGAACGUGAUGUCGGAUAGCGAUGAUGAUAUGUUGAUAUAAGGAACCCGACCCGACCGUGGCACCCAAGAUAACGAACAACCUAACCAACAAAUGAUGCGUUGUUAUUGUGUCGUCGUACUACUGAUAACGGCUUAACCGAUUUUUGUUGUUGUUUUGUACACCUGUGUAAAAUGUUCCUUUUGAAACCAAAAAAAAAAAAAAACAACAUUCAAGAUGCCAGGGUUCGGCAGCAACGACCUCCAUCACCACCAUCCCUUUCGAGCAAUACUGAAGGUGAUGCGAUAACGGAGAUACACAAAACACAAGCGGCCAGUAACCUUAACGCAACGCAUCUUACAGGAGAGACUGCAGUGGAGUAGACAUGAUGAUUUCAGCGUAGUUUACAACCCUUUAAGGACAUCCUUAGGACAUCUCCUCAUCAUCCCCGAUAUGGGUCCUGUUUGCGCAAUUGCUGUGAGCUACUGUGAUUGAGAGUAAAAAAACAAAACAAAACGAAGAAAGGGCAGCAAGCAGAGAAACAGACACCAUUUUAGCUUGUAAGAAAAGCCUGUGUGUGCGAUAGGUGGGUUUGUGCGCGUGUGUGUGUAUAGUAGACAAGAUAUGAAGAUGAUGGAAACAGCUAGGAUCAAAUAAAGGAUAAUCAAGAUGUACUAUUCAUUCUAA